AAGAAGAAGUCAAGCGAAACAACGCCAGGCGGCUUCAAUGUUAAAUUACACUAUUUUUGUUCAUUUUUUUGUGACUUUAAAGUUUACUAUAUACUGAGAUUUUUACAGAGUCUUAAUGGGUGCAUAUUUUUGCCCUAUAUGUAACCAGACAGCUUUCUGCGGGAAGAAGAAACACAUCUUCGGAAAAAAUCACCAAAGCAGACUCAGAGUCGUUCUUCUUAAAUUUACUGAAAAGGUCAAAGAAGCUCGACGAACCCUUAAAAAACCCCAAGUGGAGAAGUUUGAUUGCACUCAGCACAAGCAGAAGUUCUGGUGCUACUGCUGUGCUGUUGAAGUUGAAAGGGACGUCACAGACGACAACAUGACAGUGAUGCAUGGAGGCUUAUUGGAACACAUGGCCACACGAGAACACAAGAACAACACCUUUAAGUUCUGGUGGGAUAAUAAAGCAGAUCCUAAGUUCAGAGACAGAGUCCUCAUCACUGAGGAGGAAACUGAAAGGUUUAAAGCUGAAGUGGCUAAGGUUUUGGAGUCCUUUGUGGAAAAGGAGGAUGAGUAUAUUAAACAGCAAGCUGAUGUUAUCCGGGCUCAGGAAAAGCACCGCCAGGAGGUCUUUCAGUCUCUUUUAGAGCCUAAUGAAGAGCAGGAGCUUUCAAACGGAACCAGCAGCUCCCAUCCAUCGGUUGAGGCUUCUGUCAGUUCUCAGUUUCAGUCUCAAAUAUCAGACCAGCAGAAGGGGAGCGGAUUGGACCGGAUGAUCGAUGCGCCCUGGACUUUAGAAGGACAAAACCUGACGUUCAUAGGUUAUCAGGAUUCAUCAAGUAGUGGAAAUGUGCAUACAGGAGCUGUUCCACCUUGGCUCCAAGAUGAUCCACUAGAGGGAACGUCUGGAGCAGCGACACAGACUGAGAUCGGACCGUCACUCCAAGAUUUCCUCAAACAAAAGGAGCAAGAGAAACUAAGGAAGCUUCCUCCAAACAGAGUAGGAGCUAACUUCGAUCACAGCUCUCAUACAGACGCCAACUGGCUUCCUUCUUUUGGGAGAGUGUGGAACAGCGGCCGGCGCUGGCAGUCCAGGCACCAGUUCAGACAAGAAGAAGGGCAAAAGAAUAAACAAAAGCGGAAGCGGGAACAUGGCACAAACGGAUCAAAGAAAACAAAAACAACUGAACAUCAUUCUAGUUCUGAUAUUUAAAACUUUAUUCCAUGCAAAAGAAAUAAGGUUAAAAAAAAUACAUGCUGUUUUUUUACUGCUAAAAUUUCUUUAUUCUCAAGAUUUGUUAAAAAAAAAAGUUCUUGCAGUGCUGAGACCAAUAAAGCACCAUCGCUUUAGUUAAAGAUGACAUGUAGCCUUCUGUCAUACAGUUAUUUGUAUUAUAAUGAAAAGCUUUGAAACAUUAUGUUGAAUCAGAAGCUUUGUCUUGCUUUUUAUAAGACUUUUGUGUUGCUCUACACUUUAAAAUUGAAUUGGGAAUUUUAAAGUCCCAGACUUUAAACGCAAGGUUAUUUCUAAUGAACAGCAGGGGGCGCAUGCCAACAAAGAAAAGUUACUGUAAAAAAAAA